UGACACACUCAAACACACGCACACAUAUAUACACGCCCUCCACCCCCAUCGCUGCAGUGUCUCAACUGCCUUGGAGCAAACAAGAGAGGAUAUAGAACACAGACGUUAAUAAGACAGAGAAAGAGGGGUGCUGAAAGAGAGAGAGAGAGAUGUACGUGAGUGUGUGUGACCCUGUGAAUAUGAGGAAGAUAUGAAGAUGAAGCAGCAGGACUAAAGGUGGAUUGCACAGAGCCUUUCUCUCCCUGCAAAGGCUUGUCUGCAGUAUCCUUUGUAAAUGGAUGCUGGCUUGUGAGCACGACUCGGAGGCCUUCAGUUGCUGGGGAGAUAUCAGACCACAGAAGAAGCAGCAAAGUUUUUAUCAGGAAGAUCAAGCAAAACAGGCCAAUUUCUAACUGAGGUGGAUGGUAGCAGAAGCCAAGCAAGGGCAACGUACCACAAGAGCCAUGUGGGAGGAGAGUGAGGGAGUUUUGCUAUUCUCACACAUCAAGCCCAAACACUUUGUCUACUGAUAUACGCUUAACGUUCUCCAGCACUCUUCCAGAGCUUUUCCUCAGGGGGAGCCCCUGCUAUGAACCCCAGCUCCGUUGGCUUCAGCAGGCAGUCCAACCUCAGUGCCAGGCUCUGUGUGGGCAUCCCGCAAGUCUGGGUUCUGCCCACACAGGACUCACAGACUGCCCCAGAACAAAAAGAAUGAAAUACUCCUGAGUCACUCCUCUGUGUGGUGGCUCUCCUGUCUAGUGUUAAAUUGGUCUGUUGUGAAGUUCUGUCUGCCUCUUCACCGACAAGUUCCUAUCUUUAGUGAAAACCCUCUCCAACUCUUCCACCAGCCCCUUCUAGGUCACCACUUCGUUAUAAUUUGCUUUCCCAUCAAGCAGCAGCACGAGUUCCUUUGUGCUUACCACGUGGUGGAGGACCAUGGGAUGCCGUCAGAGCUCGGAGGAGAAGGAAGCGGCGCGGCGCUCUCGGCGAAUCGACCGCCACUUGCGCUCAGAGAGUCAGCGGCAGCGGCGUGAGAUCAAGCUGCUGUUGCUUGGCACCAGCAACUCGGGCAAGAGUACUAUAGUCAAGCAGAUGAAGAUCAUCCAUAGCGGAGGCUUCAACCUGGAGGCUUGCAAGGAGUACAAGCCCCUCAUCCUGUACAAUGCCAUCGACUCUCUCACCCGCAUCAUCCGUGCCCUCACCACUCUCAAGAUCGACUUUCACAAUCCUGAUCGUGCUUACGAUGCUGUGCAGCUCUUUGCCCUCACAGGGCCAGCUGAAAGCAAAGGGGAGAUCACUCCAGAGUUGCUGGGGGUCAUGAAGCGUCUGUGGGCUGACUCAGGGGUCCAAGAGUGCUUUCAGCGAUCCAAUGAGUACCACUUAGAGGACAACACUGCCUACUACCUGAAUGACCUGGACCGCAUCUCUGCACUCGAGUACAUCCCAACUGUAGAGGACAUCCUACGGUCCCGCGACAUGACCACCGGCAUUGUGGAGAACAAGUUCACCUUCAAGGAGCUCACCUUCAAGAUGGUAGAUGUGGGCGGACAGCGUUCAGAGAGAAAGAAGUGGAUCCACUGCUUUGAGGGCGUGACUGCAAUCAUUUUCUGUGUCGAGCUAAGUGGCUAUGACCUCAAACUCUACGAGGACAACCAAACGAGCCGCAUGGCCGAGAGCUUGCGCCUGUUCGACUCCAUCUGCAACAACAACUGGUUCACCAACACAUCGCUCAUCCUCUUCCUCAACAAGAAGGACCUGUUGGCUGAGAAGAUCAAACGUAUUCCUCUGACAGUGUGCUUCCCUGACUACAAAGGUCAGAACACCUAUGAGGAGGCAGCUGUCUAUGUGCAACGGCAGUUUGAGGACCUCAACCGCAACAAGGAGACCAAGGAGAUCUAUUCGCACUUCACCUGUGCCACUGACACCAGCAACAUCCAGUUUGUGUUCGACGCUGUCACGGACGUGAUCAUCCAGAACAAUCUCAAGUACAUUGGGCUGUGCUAGGACCUGAUGCUGGGUGGGGGUUGGGGGGUGGGAGGUAAGGCGGGCUGCUCGGCAGCAGUUGGCCUGCCAUCAGGCUGGAUAAACAAAAGGCAUGUCAGUCUGCCUGACAGUUUAUCUCUUUGAAGAGGUGCAACAGAGACCUGCAAAGGAAAUGAGGUAGUCAGAUGGUCAGGGACGGAUGAUACUGUAGAUUUAAGUGUUUCAGUUGAAACAAAAGAGCUGAUGGGCCAUGGUCAAGAUGGGAUUUUUACCCAAUGUGUUUGCACUGAAUAUGAGUAUGCAGAGACACCCAAACACACACGCACACACACUGACACACAUCCUUAUGUUUGCUCACACACAAGAUCUUUGGAUUAACAGUCAAGCACUUGUUUGACAAGGCAACACUGGAAAUUUUAGACAACUACCCCUACCUGCCUGCCAAACCUGAGGUAGUAGGUCUGUACUGGUGGUUUUCGGUUACUUUUGUCUCCUUUAUUUUAUUUGCCAGAGUCAAUUAAUGCUGCUUUACAUGAAGAAUUUUGACAGAAUCAAUGUUCUCUUUUGGAUUUUCACCCUAACAAUGGUAACCAGUGAGUGCACCUGAUGAGACAUAGGGAGAGCCUGUAUCUCUGAGAGAAAAAAAAAAAAGUCAGUAGACAUGAUGUCACAGGGUUUCUGCCUAAAAGAGGAAACUGCCACAGUGUAAAGCUGAAGUGAAAUACGUUUUCUACACACUAUUUCUGUUCUGCCCCCUGGUCAACUCUCUAAUGUUGUUCUUUGCCCCCUAUUUCUUUUAUCGUUUUUUGUGCUUUAAAAAAAAAAGAAUAUGUCUCAUAAACCUGCCUUUUAUAGCAGGUCACUGACUUAUGAUACCAGGAGAGUGUUAUACUCAGUCGAGUCAAAAGUAUUCUUUAUGAUCAUUCCAGUUUCCAGCAAGAGACAACAAAAACAGUGCCAAGACCAAUUUGUAAAUAAAACCAGAUCCCAUCCAUUACGUUAAUUUUUGUUUUGUUUUUAUGGACAAAUACAUUAAAACAUGCAUGAUUUUGUUACUUUGGGAUACUAAUAUAUUUUCUUUGGAAUUAUGUUCCUCUUUUCUUAGGUUUAAAUAAUAUAUUCCCAAAAAUAUAUAUAAAAGUCAAACACUGUGUACGAUUGUACAGUUGUCAGAGAGGAAUCUAUUGAAAAGAGUUAUAUCGAUAUAAUAACAGUGACGAUGAUGUUAUGAUGAAAAAGAUGACUGAUGAUGAUGAUAGUGGUGAUGAUGAAUACAAUAAUGACAAGGAAAAACAAAGUUAGCAUGAGUGGAGAAAUCGGAUCAAAGGAGAACAAGACUGUAGAAAACUAUGAAAGCGACGAAGCAGAGUUCAAUCUUCCUUGCAUUAUCUAAGUGGAAAUUGUUAAACAGCCAGUCAGUAUGAUGUGUAAAUAUACUGUAAGGUACACUCUUUGUUCAAACAAAUGAAAAUAAAGGUUGAGUUGGGAUACUGUAAGUGAGAUAAAGAGAGAGCGAGAGAAAGAGAAGGAGGAAAACCCCACUCUGCUCCUCCUCUUACCCUUUCUUUUCAGUUCAGAGGGUGAUGUGCAAACAACUCAGCUAAGGGCUUCAGGCUUGACUUUACAGGAUGUCCACUUCAACAAAAGACAAAACAAGUAAAAACAAAAUAUAAAAAGGACAAUAACUACGAAUAAAACAACUUAUGCAAAUUUUCACGGUGUAGUAAAUGUGUUUUUGGGUGGUGGUUGUGUCAAAAGUGCUUUAAAUGUGUUGGGGAAUGUUCAUAGAAGAUGAGCUGGUACUGGCCACUGAUCUUUUAUAUGCUUUCCUUACUGUGCUGCAUCAAAUGAUUUACAACAUGGAAAAGGACAUACUGUCUGAAGUCCAUGCUUCCGUCCUCCGUGUACAAAAUCAUGACAUAAAAAGUGUUUGUCCUCACCAUACAAUGAAGCCGCUGGUGCAAGAAUAAUUUGGACAUAAAGUAUGCAAUUAAAUUAUUCCUGAAUGAACUUGGCCUAUGUGUGUUGGGGCGAAAGGGUACAGAUUCCACUCUAAUUAGUGUAUAAGACCCAGCUGUCCCAACAUGUCUGCUAAUGAAAUGAAAGAUAUGUUUUGCAAUGUUUCGUCUUUAGAGAGUUAAAUAUCACACUGAUCAUACAAUUCAAAUUAUAUUUGAUGCAAUAUUUAUGCAUAACAUCAACCAAUGCAUAGAAACUGAGGGUUUCUAAUGCAGAACACUAAGCAUGGUGAGUGUCUUCCAAAAGACAUAUAGGCUAUGUUCAGACUGCAGGUAAAUCACAUUUGUUUCUCAAAUCAGAUCUUAAAGACAGACUGUCCGCACUGUUGUGUGCAAGUGAACAGAUCAGAUUUGUGUGUCCAGACCACAGACUCUAUUAAAAUAAUGGAUGUGACCACCGUGACAUCAGUGGUUGGUGGAGUCCCAUUUUAGGCCUCGAGUUUGACAUUUUGGCCAAUGCUAUCUCGGAUUUCUGGAGCCAGAAGUGGCACGAGGUGAUCAUAUUUGGACUAGAGGGUGGAGCUGUGGAGGAGCAAGGGGUAGAUCUGACACAUAGACUGCAGUGACGCCUUGCAGAUAGCCUGUCACUCAAAAUGGCCACACACUUGAGUAUGCAUAACUUUAAGCAUUGUGGACCCCUGAAAGAAUAGCUGCUGCUUUGGGUGCAGCUAAUGGAGAUUCUUAUAAAUGAAAUAAAAUAACAUUUUACCAAGUGAGUUAAAUAAAACUUUACCCCCACACAGUUUUCAUGAAGGGUGAAAUUAGCUAUAGAGACCACAACCGUUUUUUGUGGGGGUCUGUGGGGAUUGACUUGCUUUAGGAGUCAGCCUCAAGUGGCCAUUGGAGGAACUGCAGUUGUGUUGUCUUAAUUUUUCAUCCCAAGACGUUGCCACUUAAUCCAGACGUCAGCAACCUAUCUGCAUGGUCACCUGUGGUAACAACGUAGGGGUCAAUAACUACAUAGCAAUGCUGGUGAUGUAGCUUUCCAGAGAGGAAGCAUGAGAAAUGGAGGUCCAUUAUUUUGCCCUCCAAACUAUCACUCUGUCAAGUGGUAGUCUUUUGCAUCUGUCCAAGAACUGUUGUCCUCCAUGUUGUCCUAUUUAGCACUCUGCUAUUAGCAUUAUGUGUUCUGCUCAGCAUGUCUGUCCCUCUGGAUUUGAUGUCGUCAUUGUGUGUUGUGUUAAAUAACACGCUGAAAUUUGAUUUGAGCAACCAUUGCGUCCAGACUGAGACACAUCUGUGAAAAAACAGUUGGAAUUUCAAACCGCCUCCAAAUGUGAUUUGGAUCUGAUUAGUGGAAACUGCAUUUUUUGCUGUCCAGACUUUCUAAAAUCAAUCUGGUUACAAUCUGGAUAUGCCAAAAAUCAGUUUUAGGCUGACAAUAGGAACAGGGUCUUAAACAAAAAAAAUGAUGUAAUGACACAAGCCUGUAACAAGAUUAUGUUUCUACCAAGCAGGCCAUCCUGCUACAUCCCUGCUAUGCUCCUGUGGUGUGAAUAUUUUUCACAUUUAAACACCAUUUAAGUGUUGAUAAUGCUUAAAGUACAUCCGAAUGGCGACCAUACAUGAAGCAUUUCAGUACCGUCUGGCUUAUGUUUUUUAUUAUUAUUUUUAUUGGCUACAUCUUAUUUUUUUUAUGAUUUUAGCCUGAUUUACUGUGUUAAAAACAUCGUUAGGUCAUGGUGGGUACUACUGGCUGGAUUCAUUUAAGCAACAGUGGGAAUUUGUUUGAGAAAUGAAUAUAAAUAAAAUCCACUAUUGAGAA